AUGACGAUGCUGACGACCGACGACCCAUCGCAGCCGUGCUUGACGAUCCGAACAUGGAUCCUUGGUGCCGUCAGCUGCGUCCUCCUCUCCUUCGUCAACCAGUUCUUCAAUUAUCGGACCAACCAGAUCUCCGUCAACUCCAUCUUCGUCCAGAUCCUGGCGCUGCCCGUGGGCCGCUGGAUGGCCCGCGUCCUCCCUCCGACUAUCAUCAGGAUUCCCCUCCUCGACUGGUCCUUCUCCCUCAACCCCGGCCCCUUCAACAUGAAGGAGCACGUCGUCACCGUCAUCAUUGCCAACUCCGGCACCGGCGGCAUUUACGCCGUCCACAUCAUCACCAUCCUCAAGGCCUUCUACCACCGCGGCAUCAACGUCAUGGCCGCCAUCCUCCUCACACAAACCACUCAAUUGUUAGGAUUUGGAUGGGCUGGAUUGUUCAGAAAAUACUUGGUGGAUUCCCCUUACAUGUGGUGGCCUGGCACUUUAGUAGUAGCAUCUUUGUUCAGAGCACUGAACGAGGAAGAACGGCGGGUAAAGGGCGGCGUGACGCGGCUCCAGUUCUUCCUCAUUUGCAUGAUCUGCAGCUUCUCCUACUACAUCGUCCCCAACUACUUCUUCCCGGCCAUCAGCUCCAUCUCGAUCCUCUGCCUCAUUUGGAAGGACUCCAUCCCCAUCCACCAGAUCGGCUCCGGCAUGCGCGGCCUCGGCGUCGGCGCCAUCGGCUUCGACUGGGCCACCACCUCCAUGAUUGGCAGCCCCAUAGCGGCCCCCACCUAUGUGUUCUGCAACGUCCUCGCAGGCUACGUCAUCCUGGUCUACAUCCUCCUGCCCCUCUGCUACUGGUCCAACCUCUACGACGCCCGCCGCUUCACCUUCCUCUCCUCCCAACUCUUCGACUGCUCCGGAAAGCCCUACGACCUCAGCCGCGUCCUCGACAACAAGACCUUCACCCUCAACGUCGAGGAGUACGAGAACUACAGCGACAUCCAUGUUGAACCGCAACUGAAGACGCCGAUCGAUGAAGAGAUUGCCGCUGUCGGAAGCACGAUCACGGAGUUACCGGAAAGCACUUCAAGCACCUCCUUCGCCAUCAACUACGGCAUCGGCUUCGCCACCCUCACCUCCACCCUCUGCCACGUCCUCCUCUUCGACGGCCAGUACAUGCUCAAGCUGUGGCGGCAGGCGACGUCCAAGGCCAACGAGAAGUUCCUCGACGUGCACGGCCGGAUGAUGAAGGCCAACUACGCCGCCGUGCCGCAGUGGUGGUUCCACCUCCUCCUCCUCCUCGUCACCGCGCUCUCCAUCUACACCGUCGAGGGCUUUGGCCGCGCCCUGCAGCUGCCUUACCAGGGCCUCCUCCUGGCCAUGGCCAUGGCCUUCUUCUUCACCCUGCCCAUCGGGAUCAUUGCCGCCACCUCCAAUACGAUGCCUGGGAUCAACAUAAUAACAGAGAUAGUGAUUGGCUACAUAAUGCCGGGGAAUCCAUUGGCGAGUGUGGUGUUCAAAACCUACGGUUGCACGAGUAUGGGUCAAGCCAUCAACUUUCUGUCCGAUUUCAAGCUCGGUUACUACAUGAAAAUUCCUCCUAGAUCCAUGUUCAUCGCACAGUUAGCGGGUUCGGUGAUCGCCAACGCGAGCUACUUCGGCACAGCGUGGUGGUUGAUCUCCGACGUCCCCCACAUUUGUGAGACCAACUUGCUGCCGAAGGGCUCCCCGUGGACGUGCCCUAGCGACACUGUGUUCUUCAGCUCCUCUGUUAUAUGGGGCGUGGUUGGGCCUCGUCGGAUGUUCGGCCCCGACUCCAUCUACUCCGGCCUUAACUACUUCUUCUUGAUAUAG